AUGGGGUCUGCAUUAAAGAAACAAAAGAAGAACGACCACAAGCCCAAGGCAGUGGCUCCUCCAGCAUCGCUGAGUUCGGAGUCCGAGUCUGAAGUGGAGAGCGCAUCCGAAGAAGAAUUGGAGGAUCUUGACAUGGAUGACGAAGUGGAUAUCGAUGGAGUGUCGAGUGACAGUGAAGAUGAGGCAGAGGAGGACGACGAAGACGAAGAAGCAGACGAGGCACUUCCCAAGUUGAAGAAGAAGAAGAACCUUGACGACGGAUCCGAAUCGUUCGCAGGUGCCUUCAAUGCCAUUCUUGGAUCCAGAUUGAAGGCCUACGACAGAAAGGACCCUAUUUUGGCCAGGAACAAGCUGACCAUCAAGAAGUUGGAGUCCGACAAGCUCGAGGCCAAGGCCAAGAGAGCCCUUUUAUCGGAAAAGAAAUCGUUACACGACAAGCACAGAAUUACCGAGUUGUUGCCCUCGGCCAACGAGCCUGGAAAGGUUAGAGAAAUCAUCGAAAACGAAAGGAAGUUGAAGAAGGUGGCUCAGAAAGGUGUGGUGAGACUUUUCAACGCCGUUUUGUCCACCCAGGUCAGGACGAAUCAAGACAUGGACAAGGAAAUCGGUGGCCAGUCCAAGAAGGAGGAAUUGAUGAACGAAAUCUCCAAGGAGAAGUUCUUGGACUUGGUGCAGGCUGCUGGCCAGGACUAG